UUUGCCUAGUUUACAUCGUCUAGAAUGCGAUUAAUCUCAAUACUAGUAGCUUUAAUUUUCUGGACAGGAAAUAGUUCAUUUGCAAAAACAUGUGGACUUCAAAAGAUCAAAACCAGAGAGCUGAUCACGAGUGGAUACAACACCUACCCAGGACAAUUUCCGUGGCACGUGGCACUGUUCCAUAAGAAGUCCCGUACUGUGACAGAAUACGCCUGUGGUGGUAGCUUAAUCAGUCGCAGUUACGUGCUGACUGCGGCUCACUGUACGAAAAGUGAGGAUUAUUACGUGAUUAAUCCGAGGCGUCUGAUUGUGUCAAUGGGAUCGCACAAUAGGCGGCUGGCCGGACCAAACGUUCAGCAACACUCGGUGUACGAGAUUCAUAGCGUGACUUCGGAGGGUCAAUGGGCUGGUUUGAGGAACGACAUUGCUCUGUUGGAGUUGACGAGCAGCGUAGGAUAUUCGGAUUACAUCCAGCCGAUAUGUUUGAACUCUUUGGAGGUGUCUGGGAGGGAUUCCGGAAUGGUCGUGGGCUGGGGAAGGACUGAGGAUGGUGAUCUACCGGAUAUGUUGAAGGCUGCCAGCAUGCCCAUCAUCAGCCACAUCGAUUGCCUGGCGAGUGAUCGAGACGUUUAUGGAGGAGUUUUGGAUUCCGGAAUGAUUUGUGCGGGACAUCAGAACGGGACAAGUGUCUGUAAUGGAGACAGCGGAGGAGGACUGGUUAUUCAGCGCUGUACUUUGGGGGGAUGUUACUGGUCCUUGGUGGGGAUCGUUUCUAUUGCAGCGGGGAACUUUGACGGGUCAUGUCGAAGUGAUGGGUACGGAGCAUUCACCAACGUUAAAACGUAUCUUCCUUGGAUCAAACAGACCACUGAGCAGAUAUUCGAGGACGAUUCCUUGCAUGACGUGUGUGGUCAACGUCAGGACGGAUCCGUACGUGCUAGAUGGCCUUGGCAUGGAACUCUGUACAGUGAAAAUUGGAGUUCAAUCAAAAUUGAAUUGAAUAGAACUGAAGUCUUUGGAGUAACUAUUUUGACUAACCAGUAUGUAAUAACAACAAUGCUAGGUUAUUUUCUCUACAAAGAAGCUCCAGCAGAUCUCAGAAUUCGCUUUGGUCAUCCAGCCAUUGGGGAAUCUGACGGUUGGACGCAAGAAAUGCCCAUUCAAGCAGCAUUUCCCUACACUGGAAACCGAACAAAUCCAAUAAGUUUCGCAAUAUUCAAGCUGAAGGGUCGUCUCCAGUUUACCAAGCAUGUGCAACCUAUUUGUCUGUGGCAAGUGGAGUCUCCAUCAGAUAAGAUCCUCAAGCAAAGCGGCUUUGUGGUGUCAUUUGGAGGGUAUAAUCGUGGUGAUAAACUUCAAGGUAUCGCAAUGCCAAUCGCGUCAAAAACUGACUGCGUCGAGGAUCACGUCGAGUUUAGAGAACUUUUCAGAGACAAGCAGACUUUUUGUGCUGGUGCUAAAAACGGCACUGGACCGGAGCUAUUUGAUAUUGGCACUGGUUUGGCGAUACACAAUGGAAACAGCUGGUACCUUCGUGGUUUAUUGUUCACGGCAAUUCCAAUUGAAGAAGAAAUUGGCACAGAUAAGUCGCAUUACUCAAUGUUUUUGGAUGUGACGUAUUUCACAAAGUGGAUAACCUCUACAAUUGAAAGUAAUUCUUGAAUGGAAAUAAAAUUAUGAUCAUAACC